UGCUGUUCCAUCAGUUCCAACAAGUGAAUAAAUUGUGCCGCUGCCAAACAAACAAAAUGUCUGAAAACUCAAACGCGGAAGAAUUUAAUGCCGACGAGCUGGAGCCCCCACAGUGGCUGAAUGCUUCGUACUUGGAAACAAUUCUGAGCACGUAUGAAAAUGCACCAGAACUGAAGGUAACUGAUCUGAAAAUAUCCCCCGCGAGUGCCCAGGGAGAUCACUAUGCCAGCGUUAUGUUCCGCACGACAGUGGAGUACACCACUCGGAAUGGAGCUUCCACCAAGUCGCUUAUUGUCAAAACGAUGCCCGAGCAGGAGGGCCACAAGAAGGACAUGAUGAGUGAAUCGUAUUUCUUCAAAACAGAGAUCGGAAUGUACUGCCAAGCUCUGCCAGAGUUCGAGAGGAUACUGAGGCAGGCGGGAGAUGACACACAGCUAUGUGUGCAGUGCAUCUAUCACAGUCUUGAGCCCCGCCAGGUAAUGAUAUUUGAGGAUCUAGUGCCGCAGGGCUACACAGUCAUCCGGGAUCGUCCGCUGAGGGAGGAGGAGCUCUGCAGAGCCUUCUCGAAGCUGGCCAAAUGGCAUGCCGUCAGCAUGAAACUGCUCAAUGAGAAACCUGAUUUUCUGAAGGAGUUUCAAUUUGGUGUGGGUGAAAUAGCGAACUUGAUGAGCGAUCCAUGCUUAUCUACGGCAAUGCCUCCCUUCAUUGAAAUGCUGGAGCGAUGGCCAGAGCUGAGGAAGUACAAGCCGUAUUUUGAGAAAAUAAAAGACUCCUACUUGGACACGGUAAAAAGCAUUUUGCAAGAGUAUCGCAAGGAUCCCCAAGCUGAUGGAUAUUACGUGCUGUGUCAUGGAGACUUUCAUCUGCGGAACAUGAUGUUCAGGAAUAACAAGGAGACAGGCGACUCCGAAGACGUCAUGCUGGUAGAUUUCCAACUCUCUAAAACCUCUCCCAUAGCCGUGGACUUGAUAUACUCCAUCCACAUGCUGAUGGAGCCGGAGCAGCGCUGGAACCACGGCGAGAAGUUGAUCAACUAUUACUUCUCUGUGUUGGUGGAUACUCUGAAGAAAGUGGGAUACAAAGGUGCAAUGCCCACCCAGGAGAAGCUAUGGCAGCAGAUUUAUAGACUGAAAUAUUAUGAUUUGUACUUGAUGUUUACCUUUCUACCAAUUAUUUGGGGCAUAAAAACUAAAUCUUUUGCCAUGAGUGACCUGCUACAAGAUGGAGCAACGCGUCAGAAGACCUACCAUCAGGAUGUGUACAUUAAGGAUGUUAAGAUAUUAUUGCCCAAAUACGAGCAACUCGGCUACUUUAAAGAUCUAUAAAUAGUUUUUUUGUUCCAGUUAUU